AUGGAAUCUUUUCUUGUUUCUUUUACUCCUAUUUCUGCUAUCACUAUCUUUACUGCUUUAUAUAAGCGAGUUGAGACAAACGAGUGGACGAAAGAUAAAGAGAUUGAAUUGAAGAACUUCAGGGAGAUGCUCAAAACAGCAAUAAAACGUGUAAAAGAUGCAAAAGAUGAUAAGAGGUUGGAAAAGCUGCAAAGUUUUAAGAAAAAUAAAUAUUUAGAACUACGUGAUGUAGAAACAUCUUGGGUGGUCGAUGUGAUAAAAAACUUUGAUAAUUUAAAAAAUAAUGUGCAUCAGUUUGCAUUGAGCACAUCAGGAGACGAAAAAGACAUAUGGGAAGAAAUAGAAAACAAAUUAGAUGGUAUAACUGUAGCGGGGUUAGGAUAUGACCAUUCAUUAUGCUCUGGAAUUCUUGAUGAUAGUUUGAAACUAUUAAAGAAUAUAAGUGAUAAAUCACGACAGACUUUCAAAAUACCGAAUAAGAAAUUUAAAUUACCCACAAAUAUCGCAUUAAGAAAUAUUUGUGAAAAUUUCAUUCGGAAAGAACAAGAGAAGCGUCUUAAAUCACCUCAAGUAUAUAAAGACGUGUCGUUCAGUAAAUUUUUAGAUAAACCUGAGAAACUGCAUGAGCUAACAAAUCAAAUAUUAAAAGUGCUAACUAGUGCAGAAAGAAAGGAAUCUGGUAAAUGGGCAAAACACUCUGAUUAUAUGGUUAUUGCUCAAAUAGGUGCCAAAGAAGUUGAGAUAGAAUACCUUGAAAUGGAUUUGGCAAAGAUUCAAUUGAUGACGUUAAGUCGGCAAGAAACAAAAGGAAAUUUGAAAAUAUGGCAUUAA